AUGUCCAAGACGCCUGGGUACUUGUACACACUGGCGGUUCGAGUUAGCUCGGGUGGAGCUCACCAGGACACCAUCUAUCAAAAGGUGGGCAUUCGUCAUGUCGAGGUGAAGGGCAGCCAACUGCUGGUCAAUGGAAAGGCGGUGUAUCUGCGCGGUUUCGGUAAACACGAAGAUCAAGAUAUUCGCGGCCGCAGCCUCGACCAGGCGACUAUCCUCAAGGACUUCAAUUUGAUCAAGUGGAUAGGCGCCAACUCCUUCCGCACCUCACACUACCCCUACUCGGAGGCGAUCAUGGACGAGGCGGACAGCCAGGGAAUCAUCGUCAUCGACGAGGUGCCCGCCGUCGGCCUGAGCGAGUUCAACUCGGUUAUGCUGAACCUCCACAAGCACACCAUAAAUGAGCUGAUUGAGCGCGACAAAAACCGCCCCUCGGUGUUCAUGUGGUCCAUCGCCAAUGAGCCGGCCUCCAGUAAACCCGAGGCAAAGGCCUACUUUGAGACCAUCGCUGAUCUGGCCCGGUCUACUGACCCUGCCAAGCGGCCCAUCACCGGUGCCAUCAACGCCGACUACCACUCUGACCAUAUGGCGCUGUCGCUGGACGUGCUGAUGAUCAACCGAUACUUUGGCUGGUACAGCGACACCGGCUUCCCGCAGGUGAUCCAGGGAAAGAUUGUCGCCGAUCUGACGCACUUUCACGAGAAGUUCAAGAAGCCGGUGAUGGUGAGCGAGUACGGCGCCGACACCAUUGCCGGUCUGCACACUGAGCCGAGCUUUAUCUUCAGCGAAGACUACCAGACGGAGUUUAUGGUGGAGUAUCAUCGUGGCUUUGAUGCCCUUCGCAGCAAGGGUUUCUUCAUUGGCGAGCACAUCUGGAACUUUGCCGACUUUAUGACCAAGCAGCAAAUAUCUCGUGUGGGCGGCAACAAAAAGGGCAUUUUUACGCGAGAUCGUCAGCCAAAAACA